AGGCACAGCCUCCUUCAUGGAGCGCUAGCCCCCCUGCUUCCGCGCGAGACUGCCGCGGGCGGGGGCGAACGUAGCCAUGCGGUCCCUCAGCGCCGCUGCCUGGUCGCUGGCCGCGGCGCUGCUGCUGGGGGCUACACCUUCGUCGGCAGUCACGCCAAUCCAGAAGGUGAUCCAGCUUCUCGACGGUAUGAUUGCCAAAGGCAAGGAGGAGAAGCACGUAGAGGAGGUCGGGUUCGCCAAGUUCCAGCAGUGGUGCGACAGCGUGCGGGCCGAGAAGACGAAGAGCAUCAAGGAGGGAGCCGCCCAGAUCCUCCAGCUGCGGGCGGACAUCGACAAGGCCAGCACGGACGCCACGGCGCUCGCCGGGGAGGUCGCGGAAUUGGAGGGCGCCGUGGCCAAGGCGGAGAAGGAGCUGAGUACGGCCACCACGCUGCGCAAGACGGAGAAGGCCGACUACGACGCGCAGCACGCGGACUUCUCGGACUCGAUCGACGCUUGCGAGAGGGCCAUACAGGCGCCCUUCCCCGAGGGGAGAGGUGCACCUUUCAGCUUUGAUAAAACGAUCGCCCGAUCGCUCACAUUCGUAGGCGGAGCUUGUGGUUUCGGUUUGCUGCUAUUGCUAACCCUGCGUUCACUUCGCAGAAGUGACUUCCAUGGCGGCGCGGACCUGGAGACCACCACAGACGUGCCAGUUGACGCCGACAAGCCUGGCGAAGAUUUCGACGAAUACGACCUUGCCGGGGACGACCAAGAGGCGCCAGCUCCAGCCCAGGGCUCGGCGCAGGAGGCUCGCGACAACCUGCCGAGUCCCAUGUUCGACGGUUCAGGCUGGCGGGACUAUUCACGGAGACUGGAGGCCUGGGCGUUGGCAGCGUCGCUCAGGUCAGCAAGGCAGGGACCAGCGCUAUACGCAAGGCUCCCGGGAGAUACGUGGGCAGCGGUCGAAGGCAUCGAUUUGCAGAAGUUGUCGGACGCUAGCGGCGUGGACUUCGUGAUGCUAGAGCUGCGAGAUCGCUUCGAGGAGCAGGAUAUCUUGCGACAGGGAGAUGUGUUGCAGGAGCUGGCCGUGGCAUGGAAGCGCAAGCAGCAGGAACACAUCAUAAUGUUCAAGAGGCGCUUCAACACCCUCGUGUAUCGCCCGAAGAAGCCUCGCGUGUCGACGGCGGCGGAGAGGAACUGGUCGAAUGUCGCGGAGUUCGACCGCAGCGGCAACAGCGCCUUCAGGCCGAAGAAGCCUGGUAGGGCGUGGGCUCCCAUAGCGCGUUGCGCUUCGAACUCGAACGAUGGCGCCGCUCCCGCCGCCGCUGACAUCAGGUCGCGCAUCGCGCUCAUGGUCGCCAGCCUGACGUUGGCGUGGGCCAGCAUCCUCAAGGCGGUGGAGAAGGCGCCGACGAUCCGGGGCACGCGCAUGUUCGACCUGGGCGCGCCGGCGGCCGUUCUCGUGGAGCACAGCGUGCACGUCGACAUAGGCGUCGUCGCGGGCGUCGCACUCAGCGCAGAGGCGAAGAAUGCGGACAUGGUUGCGCAGGCUCGGCUGGUGGACUUCAAGCGAUCAUCGGCAUCGUCGUCGAAACGGCGGCGGGUCGACAAGAAGGGGCAUUGGUUCUCGAUUCUUGGAGGCUACCGCUUCGCCGUGAAGAAGUGCAUGGGCCAUGGCAGCGUCGAGUCGUUGUUGAAACAGUUCGAGGUGGAGUCGACCCGCCAGACCGUAUACCGCUGGGAGGCGCUGGCUGGCGCGUCGCUUCAGCUUCAGACGCGCGAGUGGCACAGCAACCACCACCGUUACCUGCGAAAGCGGCACGCGCUGGCACGCUGGUGCAUUCAAGCAGAUGGCGACAGCGAGACGGCGACCCGAUCGUUUUCGCACAGCAUUGUGUCCGUGCGCGCCGACGCGACGAACACUGGCGAUUGGCUAGGCUGCAAGGCUCACACGUGCGAGGUGUCAGCUCUGUUCUCCGACAUCCCGCACGACUGCAUGGAGGCCUUCCUCAAUGGCCGCUGCUUUGCGGACGCUGCCCUGUCCGCUUGGGGCGAGCCUGACUUAGUCGAGCCGCCUCCAGAUAGCCGUGCCACCGUCUACUCUGACUUGAUGCAAGUGCCAGAGAGUUGCACUGGCGAGGAGUCCUACGCCAUGGUCUGGAAGCAGGCGUCGUGCGCGGGUGCUACGUGCUGGGACCAGGCGAACCUCAUCGAGAAUGACGACCGCAUCUUCCACGCCAACGUGUGGUUCUUCGGUAGCGACCAGGGUCCCGACCAGAAGGGGUCAGACCACAUCUUAGACAUCGUUCUGGCUGACCGCAAGUGGGUGCUCAAGUUUCGGCAGUGGUGUCUCCAGCACUGCAUGCACCUCAUGACUGGCAGACAGCUCGUGGAGAUCGAUCGCUGGUUCAAGAGGGGCUACUUCGGGCGAUUGGGAACUCUCGUCAACGCGUGGAGGUCUGACGGCAAGAAGAUCAAGCAGACGUGGGCUGCUCAGACGAGCGACGCCCGUGCGAGAUCAGCGCGCAGCAUGCUCCCGCCUCGUCCGCUCCGAGGCCGAUGGAAUUCCAUUUCGAGCACUGAGGCCUACAUGUUGUUCGCGCAACCCGCGGAGGUCCCCCAGGUGUUCACUGCCCACCUGCGCCCAGCGGCUGUCGCCAAGGCCAAGGCCGCUGGUCGUGGCCGAGGGCGCGGGCGAGGCGGGCGCGGGCGCAGACAGCGGCUUAUUCUCCCCGAGGGUGAAAUGGAUGAAGUUGCUCACUCCGACAGGUUAUCGAAAUGGAAAGCCGACGUGCUGCUGACGGCCAACGACAAUACGUUCUGGCUAACGUUGUUCAUCGCCAACAGGACGAGGUCACCCUCAGAGCAUCUGAGCCGUUGGCUGCAGUCUGCAACUACCAGCGACUCGCGCCCGCGGUCCAUCGACUUCGUCUGUGUGAAGGGAAGGCAGUUUGCGAAUGAGUGGGUCGACCUUUUGCUAGAAGGCAACGACGCCAAGUACUGGGGCCCUGUGAGGCGCAUUGCCGACCCCGACGAGCAGGCGCUGCGGCGGUCCAGAGUCGUGCACAUCAGCUUGUGCAUGGCGGCAGACUACAACAGGAGGGUGAUGGUGCAGGUGGCAGAUCUUCCUUUGAGGAUUCUCGCUCUUGCCUUCGCCCACCCAUUGGAACCGUGCGAUGAAAGGAGAGAGCUGGCGGCUUCACUGCUUCAGGCAGCAGAGGCGUUCCCAGGUGCUGCCGCCGAUUUGCAGUGCGACGCGACUUCUAAGAAGUUCGUCGACAUCUUCGCGCCAGAGCUGGCUCGAUGUCGAGAUGAGGGGCGAGGCGCGUUGGACAGGCAGCUCUGGGCUUUCGUCAACGCCAUCGCGCGCGAGUGGAAGCUGGACACGCAGGAGAUCGAGGGCGCGAACAGCAUUAUCAAGACGGUGUGGAAGCGUUCCCCAGCGAUCGCAUGGCCGCUGCUGUCUGCCCGGAUGUCGAUGCGCAAGUUCUUGGAGCGGAUGAACAAGAUUGCCGAGGAUAUCUGGGAGGAGCGUAUCUUGCCGUCAGCCGUGCAUGUCUGGCGCAUCAUACCUAUACGUGGUGGCGCGGUUGAUUUUGGGGUGCUGACCAACACGAGCGGUAUCUGGAUCCCUUCGUACACAUAUUAUUCUCAAUUGUGGUCGGUUCGUACAGAGGUGUCUGACGGUGGCCAAGUCAAGCUUAUCAUGCCGCUUACGUUCGCCACGCUGUUUGGCGUCUUGUCCGUGCAUCACGAUGCUUAUGUUAGUCCCGACCGUGACGCGGAUGCCGUGGAUUCGAUGUUACAAUUGAAUGACCUCUGCUGGGACUGUGAGUGUAUGGACAGGGCGUCUGUCGAACAAGAGUACGUAUGUUUUAUGUUAUCUAGAUAUUGCAAGUGCCGUGGCGGUGAUGACGGCGACGCCAGCGACGAGUCUGGCGGGGGCGGGGCCGACGGCGUGGACGACCCCGCCGACUCCGACGCUGAGGCUGAUGCCUACCUUGACGUGGAGCACGACCGCGGCGAACUCGGCGAUGAAGAUUACGAACCUGAAGCCGAUAUGCACGAAGGUGACGCACAUGCCCGCGACGCCGCCGACAUAGCUGGCGCCGCUGCUCGUCUCGGUGCAGUGGCAGAUCGUGCUCGUGAUGAGGCGCUGCGUCGUGCCGCUGAGCUCGCUGCUUCGGACAAUGGGGGGCAGCAAUGA